GAGCUCCGCCCCCACAUGUACUGGUCACAUGUUUGUGACAUCAUCACAGGUCCUACACAUCCAGCAUCAAAUACACAGCAGGUCCUGGACGAGCAUAUCGUUCUGACCCAGUUGUCUCCUCUUCUCCUGAAUGAUCCCCCAAGGAUGGACAAGGACAGGAAUGAGAUGACUAAGAGAAUAUUACACUUCACCUUGGAGAUCCUCCACCUGCUGACCGGAGAGGAUUACACCAUAAUGAAGAAGACAUGGGGGGAGUGUGUGGCCCCCAGCAGCCAUCUCCAUGAGUCAGGAGGACGGAGCAGGGUCCGGGGCCCCAUCACGAAGCCUCCACCUCACUCACUGAUACAUGAGGAGAAGAUCCUAGAACUCAUCCACAGGAUCACUGAGCUGCUGACUGGAGAGGUUCCUAUAAGGUGUCAGAAUGUGGCGGUCUAUUUCUCCAUGGAGGAGUGGGAGUAUGUAGAAGGACACAAGGAUCUGUACCAGGACAUAGUCAUGAUGGAGGAUCACCGGCCCCUCACAUCACACGAUGAAGUCAUUGAUAGAAAUCCACCCGAGAGGUGUCCCCGCCCUCUGUAUUCCCAGGACUGUCCAGAGGGAAAUGUCCCAGAGAACCAUCAGGGUGAAGAUCUGAUGGAUAUUAAGGUUGAGAUUAAAGAUGAAGCAGAAGAGGAGACGGAUUUCGGGGCCGAUCAGCAGUAUGGAGUCAUUGAUAGAAAUCCACCCGAGAGGUGUCCCCGCCCUCUGUAUUCCCAGGACUGUCCAGAGGGAAAUGUCCCAGAGAAGCAUCAGGGGGGAGAUCUGACUAAUAAUAAAGUGGAGGAUGAAGAAGAGAGGAUGAGGGGCCAUCACCCGUGUAUGAGGGAAGUGAAGGAGGAAAUUCCAGGAGGUGUUACCCCAGAAAAUCCCAGUAAGAAUUCUGAGGGAAACUUCAUGUUAUCCCUGAAUGAUAAAGGAGAAGAUGAAGAUAUGAUGGAGCACUCCUCAGGAGAAGACCUCCUUACCCCUAAUGUCCAUCCAGAUCUAUCCUAUAAUAAUCUACCUGAUCAUGAGGAACCUUCUCCUGACCAACCACACAUUGUUACCACAAGGACAGAUCAGGAAGGGAGGAAAAGGAUUCAAUGUGAUGAAUGUGGGAAAGAGUUUACUAAAAGAUCAGCUCUUGUAUUGCACAGAAAAAGUCACACGAGAAAGAUCCUGCAUGUGUGUUCAGAAUGUGGGCAACGCUGUAUAACACAAUCACAUCUUACUGUACAUGAGAGAAUUCACACAGGAGAGAAGCCAUAUACAUGUUCAGAAUGUGGGAAAUGUUUUAUGAAGAAAUCACAUCUUGUUAGACAUUUGAGAACUCACACGGGAGAGAAGCCGUAUUCAUGUUCAGAAUGUGAAAAAUGUUUCAUAAGCAAAUCAGAACUUGUUGUACAUGAGAGAAUUCACACGGGAGAGAAGCCCUAUUCAUGUUCACAAUGUGAAAAAUGUUUUACAAUUAAAUCGCAUCUUGUUAGACAUGAGAAAAGUCACACAAAGAAUAAGCUAUAUUCAUGUUCUGAAUGUGGGAACUGUUUUAGAAACGUAUCUUAUCUUUUAAAGCAUGAAAGAAUUCACACGGGUGAGAAGCUAUAUUCAUGUUCUGAAUGUGGGAAAUGUUUUACAAGUCAAUCAAAUCUUGUUAUACAUAAGAGAAGUCACACAGGAGAGAAGCCAUAUUCGUGUUCUGAAUGUGGCAAGUGUUUUACAAGUCAAUCAAAUCUGGUUAUACACAAGAGAAUUCACACAGGAGAGAAGCCAUAUUCAUGUUCACAAUGUGGUAAAUGUUUUAGAGACCUAUCAUAUUUUUUAAAACAUGAGAGAAUUCACACGGGUGAGAAGCCAUAUUCAUGUUCAGAAUGUGGGAAAUGUUUUAUAAAUAAAUCACAACUUUCUCUACAUGAGAGAAUUCACACAGGAGAGAAGCCAUAUUCAUGUAACGAAUGUGGAAAAGAGUUUACUAAAAGAUCAGCUCUUGUUUUACAUGAGAGAAUUCACACAGGAGAGAAGCCAUAUUCAUGUUCAGAAUGUGAAAAAUGUUUUACAAGUAAAUCUAAUCUUGUUCAACAUGAGAGAAUUCACACAGGAGAGAGGCCAUAUUCAUGUUCAGAAUGUGGAAAAUGUUUUAUAAGUAAAGCACAUCUUGUUCAACAUGAGAGAAUUCACACAGGAGAGAAGCCAUAUUCAUGUUCAGAAUGUGAAAAUGUUCAACAUGAGAGAAUUCACACAGGAGAGAAGCCAUAUUCAUGUUCAGAAUGUGGAAAAUGUUUUGCAAGAAAAUCACAUCUUUCAACACAUGUGAAAAAUCACACAGGAAAGAAGUCAUAUUCAUGUUCUGAAUGUGGCAAAUGUUUUAUAUGGAAAUCACAUCUUUCAAUACAUACGAGAAUUCACACAGGAGAGAAGCCAUAUUUAUGUUCAGAAUGUGGAAAAAGUUUUACAAGUAAAUCACAUAUUUUAAUACAUAUGAGAAAUCACACAAGAGAGAAGUCAUAUUCAUGUUCUGAAUGUGGCAAAUGUUUUAUAUGGAAAUCACAUCUUUCAAUACAUACGAGAAUUCACACAGGAGAGAAGCCAUAUUUAUGUUCAGAAUGUGGAAAAAGUUUUACACGUAAAGCAUAUCUUGUUCAACAUGAAAGAAUUCCCACAGGAGAGAAGCCAUAUUCAUGUUCAGAAUGUGGAAAAUGUGUUGUAAGUAAAUCCCAUCUUUCACAACAGAAAAAUCACACAGGAGAGAAGUCAUAUUCAUGUUCUGAAUGUGGUAAAUGUUCUAUAUGUAAAUCACAUCUUUCAAUACAUACGAGAAAUCACACAAGAGAGAAGUCCUAUUCAUGUUCUGAAUGUGGCAAAUGUUUUACAAGUAAAGCAAAUCUUGGUAUACCUGAGAGAACUCACACAGGAGAGAAACCAUAUUCAUGUUCUGAAUGUGGCAAAUGUUUUACAAGUAAAGCAAAUCUUGGUAUACAUGAGAGAACUCACAAAGGAGAGAAACCAUUUUCAUGUUCAGAAUGUGGGAAAUGUUUUAAAACUAAAUCACAACUUUCUAGACGCCCUUCGUCCGUCUGUGAGCUUUACAUUCAUACAAUAGACACAACACACAGCUCCUUCUACUCCAUUGUAGCAGCCCCGCACUCUACCCGCAUUGCCCUUAUACCAUUACCCGCACUGCCCUUAUACCUUUACCCGCACUGCCCUUAUACCAUUACCCUCACUGCCCUUAUACCAUUACCCGCACUGCCCUUAUACCUUUACCCGCACUGCCCUUAUACCUUUACCCGCAUUGCCCUUAUACCAUUACCCGCACUGCCCUUAUACCAUUACCCGCACUGCCCUUAUACCUUUACCCUCACUGCCCUUAUACCAUUACCCGCACUGCCCUUAUACCUUUACCUGCACUGUCCUUAUACCAUUACCCGCACUGCCCUUAUACCUUUACCCGCACUGCCCUUAUACCUUUACCUGCACUGUCCUUAUACCUUUACCCGCACUGCCCUUAUACCAUUACCCGCACUGCCCUUAUACCAUUACCCGCACUGCCCUUAUACCAUUACCCUCACUGCCCUUAUACCAUUACCCGCACUGCCCUUAUACCAUUACCCUCACUGCCCUUAUACCAUUACCCGCACUGCCCUUAUACCUUUACCUGCACUGUCCUUAUACCUUUACCCGCACUGCCCUUAUACCAUUACCCGCACUGCCCUUAUACCUUUACCCGCACUGCCCUUAUACCAUUACCUGCACUGCCCUUAUACCUUUACCCGCACUGCCCUUAUACCAUUACCCGCACUGCCCUUAUACCUUUACCCGCACUGCCCUUAUACCAUUACCCUCACUGCCCUUAUACCAUUACCCGCACUGCCCUUAUACCUUUACCCGCACUGCCCUUAUACCUUUACCCGCAUUGCCCUUAUACCAUUACCCGCACUGCCCUUAUACCAUUACCCGCACUGCCCUUAUACCAUUACCCUCACUGCCCUUAUACCAUUACCCGCACUGCCCUUAUACCUUUACCUGCACUGUCCUUAUACCAUUACCCGCACUGCCCUUAUACCUUUACCCGCACUGCCCUUAUACCUUUACCUGCACUGUCCUUAUACCUUUACCCGCACUGCCCUUAUACCAUUACCCGCACUGCCCUUAUACCAUUACCCGCACUGCCCUUAUACCAUUACCCUCACUGCCCUUAUACCAUUACCCGCACUGCCCUUAUACCAUUACCCUCACUGCCCUUAUACCAUUACCCGCACUGCCCUUAUACCUUUACCUGCACUGUCCUUAUACCUUUACCCGCACUGCCCUUAUACCAUUACCCGCACUGCCCUUAUACCUUUACCCGCACUGCCCUUAUACCAUUACCUGCACUGCCCUUAUACCUUUACCCGCACUGCCCUUAUACCAUUACCCGCACUGCCCUUAUACCUUUACCCGCACUGCCCUUAUACCAUUACCUGCACUGCCCUUAUACCUUUACCCGUACUGCCCUUAUACCUUUACCCGCAUUGCCCUUAUACCUUUACCCAAGGACGGAGCAGGACCCGGGGCCCUAAUACAGAGCCUCCACCUCACUCACUGAUACAUGAGGAGAAGAUCCUGGAACUCAUCCACAGGAUCACUGAGCUGCUGACUGGAGAGGUUCCUAUAAGGGGUCAGGAUGUGGCGGUCUAUUUCUCCAUGGAGGAGUGGGAGUAUGUAGAAGGACACAAGGAUCUGUACCAGGACAUAGUCAUGAUGGAGGAUCACCGGCCCCUCACAUCACAAGAUGGAUUAUUUGAUAGAAAUCCACCCGAGAGGUGUCCCCGUCCUCUGUAUUCCCAGAACUGUCCAGAGGGAAAUGUCCCAGAGAAGCAUCAGGGUGAAGAUCUGAUGUGUAUUAAGGUUGAGGUUAAAGAUGAAGCAGAAGUGGAGACGGAUUUCAGGGCCGAUCAGCAGUAUGGAGUCAUUGAUAGAAAUCCACCCGAGAGGUGUCCCCGCCCUCUGUAUUCUCAGGACUGUCCAGAGGGAAAUGUCCCAGAGAAGCAUCAGGGGGGAGAUCUGACUAAUAAUAAAGUGGAGGAUGAAGAAGAGAGGAUGAGGGACCAUCACCCGUGUAUGGGGGAAGCGAAGGAGGAAAUUCCAGGAGGUGUUACCCUAGAAAAUCCCAGUAAGAAUUCUGAGGGAAACUUCAUGUUAUCCCUGAAUGAUAAAGGAGAAGAUGAAGAUAUGAUGGAGCGCUCCUCAGGAGAAGACCUCCUUACCCCUAAUGUCCAUCCAGAUCUAUCCUAUAAUAAUCUACCUGAUCAUGAGGAACCUUCUCCUGACCAACCACACAUUGUUACCACAAGGACAGAUCAGGAACAUGGGAAAGGUUUAUAUUGUGAGGAAUGUGGGAAAUAUUUUACAAAAAGAUCAUCUCUUGUUAUACACAGAAAAAGUCACACAAGAAAGCUUUAUGUGUGUUCAGAAUGUGGGAAAUCCUGUAAAUGCCCAUCAGAGCUUAUUACACAUGAGAGAGUUCAUACAGGAGAGAAGCCAUAUUCAUGCUUGGAAUGUGGGAAAUGCUAUAAAUAUAAAUCAGGUUUUCUUGUACAUGAGAGAAGUCACACAGGAGAGAAGCCUUAUUCAUGUUCAGAAUGUGGAAAAUUCUUUACACAAAAAACACACCUGGAUAUACAUGAGAGAAGUCACACAGGAGUGAAGCCAUAUUUAUGUUCAGAAUGUGGCAGAUGUUUUAUAAGUAAAGCAUAUCUUUCAAAACAUGUGAGAAUUCAUACAGGAGAGAAGCCAUAUUCAUGUUCAGAAUGUGGGAAAUGUUUUAGAAGUAAAUCACAACUUUCUAGACAUGAGAGAAGUCACACUGGAGACUGAUAGAUGAAAUAAUAAAUUAUAAAAAUAUAAUAAUAUGGAGAAUGGAAAUCUGAGAUCUCAGGUAACAGUAAAAUGUGAUUGGAUGAUUUCCAUGGAUGAUAAUGAUUGGUGAUUACUAUGUGGCACUGCAUCAGUGAUGGGAUGGGUCUGGUGCUCCGUGCCUGUGCCCUCACGGCCGCUCGGCUCCUUCCCCCCCCCCCCCUUCCCACGUGUGACGUGCUGUGCGCAUCACGGUGGGUGGUUCCAUGCUGCUGACCGGAUCGGAAGACUCUUUGCCUAUCAGAUAUCAAUAUAAGAGGACUUUCAUCCUGUCACAUGGUGUGGGCACAUGAGAUGUAUUGGGCAUGAACUAAAUAAUUAGGUGUUCAUCAUUGGUCAAUGAACCAUUUAUCAGGGAGGGUUAAUCUUUCCAUGACCACGCCCCAGAUUAAGCCUUGAGCGAAACGUUGGGUGGUGGAGGCUCGCAUGUUCAUUGCUCUCCAUUGUGGUAAAGAUGUCUCUGAUUCGAUGAUGCAUACUUACCUACAUUUGUAGCCUUUUUAGACCUAUGCGGUUUGUAUGUCCCAUGCACUUUGCCACUUUACUUAUUAUUAGGGAUCGACCGAUUAUCGGUAUGGCCGAUAUUAUCGGCCAAUAAUCACGAUUUUGGGCAUUAUCGGUAUCAGCAAUAAGCCGAUAAUGCACCGCCCGCACCGCGAACGCCAAAUCCCCCCCGACCCCCCGCACCGCGACCUCCCCCCCGGCACACUGCGACGCACCCCCCACCGUAGUGCUGGGCGGUAUACUGGUAUGGAUUUUUGCCCAUACCGCUAUUCCGGUCGGGCCCCUCCCUCACCCUCCGAGUCAAUAAAAAAAUAAAAUUUUGUAAUGGGGGUGGUCCAGGCCAUCCAUCCUUCCUUCCUGUAGUGUCCGGCGGCAUUCCGGGUGUAGGGUGA